AUUUAAAAAAAGGCAAAGUUAAAAUAUUCGUGUUAUAUUAAUUUAAAAAUUAAUCCAUUAAAUUUUUGUCUCAGUUAAUGUGUUAACUGGUGACUGACAUUAUCUUAUUUUAAUUCCUUUCAUUUAUGGUAUGUUUUAAACCAUUUGAUCAUAUUUUUAAGCCUUAAAAUAUUUAUAAACAUUUCGUAUUAUUUUUAAUAUUUUUACUAUAGCUAUUUCAUCCAACUUGUGAUUGUAAAAUAUUUAUAAAAUUUAUUGUAAUAAACUAUCUCGCUAUUCCAUGGCACAGUUUUUAAAAGUAGAAAUAUGUGCCUAUUAUGUAAGAUUAUAUUCGCAGUAUCCUGCAGAAAAAUCGAGAGUAUGGAUAAGAUAAACUUAUGGUUUCACUCAUGUGCACUUCCACAAUGCAGCCUCGUGCAGAUAAGACCCUCGAUUCGCCGAAGUGAUCCAGGAUUAACUAUAAAUUCAGACCCUUACUGUUUUAUGUAUCGUUUACAAUCGUAUACACUUGAUAAGAUUGAAAUGCUUAUAUAAUCCUCAGUGCUUGCGUUUUUAACAAUUAAAAGUAUCUAACUGAAUCAUUACACCACUUGUAAUCAUAUCUAGAAUUAUAGAAAAAUUUAUCAAUAAUUACAAUAACAAUUAAUUGUUACAUGAUGAAUAAAAUAAAAUAGUCGAUUAUUGCAGCAGCAACUUGCAGAAUUUUAAUAUAAAAAAAAUACUUAAAAUCUAGAGAACUGCAUCUUCAAGGUUACAGGAACUGUGUCGCUUGGCGUUCUUAUUUAAGGACUCCCCGCCAGGCUAUACAAGGAUGUUUCUAGGAAUUUGGGAAGAUGUUAUCUAAGUCGAUCUAGGAACCCACUAAAAAAUUUGAGUGCUAUUGUUUGUAGAGAAUGUAAACGUAGAGUCCCAGACCCUAACUGUAGCCACAUCUGAAUACUUGAAGGAUCAAAGGCUGAACGGUUUGUUGCCAUGGCAAGGUCAUUUUUUCUUGACCUAAAUCCUGAGUGUUCACAAAUUUUCUAUAGUUUUUAAACAGAGCAUUUGAAGGUGCCGUUUUAUGACAGGAAAACCCCAAAUAUUUAGCGCGCUACCUUUAUGACCCGGCCAUGAUUAACAUUUAUUGCCAUAUCAUAAAGUCCUUCGAUACCUGUGGGGCGAAACUAGUCUUCGAAAGCCGAGUACCGAUUGACUACUCUUUUAACAUUAUUUACCUGCACGAAAAUGUUAAAGGUGAAACAGACAUCUCAAACUAACAAGGAAACGGAAGCGAUGAAACUUUACGUUAAACAAGCAAAAAUAGGGGACAUAUAUUUUUUUAUUGAGGGUGAAACGUUUCUAUCUCGAAAACCAUACGAGAUACAUUAAAACUUCUAAUAUGAAAGUUGGAUGGUUUUUUACGUAUAAUAAUAAGUUGCUAAAAAAUUGUGCAAAAUUUAUAACAAACAAAUUUUGGUAACCUUAUUUUAUUCAAAUUUGCAUAAUGACCAAAACCAAUUCCCUCUGCAAGAAUUUAAUAAUAGAGCUGUUUUGUCUUGAAAUGAUAGUUUUUAUUUUUCCUUGUACCAAAAUAAAAUCCAGCUACAAAUAGUUUAAACAAAUUAAAAAAUGAAAAACAAGUUUUAUAUUUUGCUCUUUCGACUGGUAAUGUUCCAGAGAUUUUUGUUAUUUAUAUCUGAUGCUCUCAACAAGUUCAUGGUUGUGCGUCAAUCGCGUCGCAAUAAGCGCAUAUAUAAAGGAAAAAAGUGGCGAUUUCUUUAUUUUCAUGAAAAGUUGCAUUCAAGACGCUUCGCUCAGACUACUGUGGUAUAACAUCUUCUUGGCACUAUGGUUUAUAUCAAUUUAUUAAACUUUACCGUUCAUAGCUUUUAAUUCUGUGGAUAAAAGAGAAACACCCAUUAAUAGUGAAGUAGAGUUGAAUACUCGUGUCCCUUAUUUUUUCUUGCUUAACAAACGUACAAAGUUUCGAGUACAAAGUCAAAAUCAGAGAAAAAACUUUCUUGUCUUGUAAGUACAAGUCGAAUAAAUCAGCAACAUGUGUAUCUGACCUUAAGCAUAGCCUUUAAAAAAAAAAACACAACAGGGUGAUUCAUUCUAAUUUACGUUAGCAUUGAAAUGCGCAACACAAAUGUAUUGAAAAAAGUGGGGGUAAAAAAUCCUUAUCUAGGAUAAACAAGCUUAUUGCAGAUAACGCACCCUUUUUUGCUAAUACGAAGGCGAUAUCUUAUAUUCGACAAACAUCCUUUAGAAUCGGAGCACUUGUUACGUUCCCCCACCCAUUUAGUGACGAUAAAACCCUCCUUAAAUAUCGGUUGCGACCGAGUACCCGAGUCAGUUCAAAAGUCGUGAGCCUACGGAAUGAACCAUCUCGAAGUACGGAAGCCACAUUCCAGACCCACGCGAAGAACUCGCUGACGCGCAUUUCGAUCAAGUUACCGAUCUCUGUACGUUGCAUAUUCGACAUAUUUCUUCUUACAAACUACAACUCGCAAAUAGCAAUAUCGAGAUAUAAAAUUGUGUAUUGUUACGAGUAUUCUUACCGUUAAUCUAAUCUUUAAUUUCUUUGGACGCGGAGUGGCGAGACGCUGCUAAUCUUUCAAAUGAUGUAUUACGAGAUAAUAAUUACGUUUUCGUAUAUUGCUCUAAAAUAGAAGUAUUAAUUUAUCAGCAAAUUCAAAGGCAAUAACUUUGAAAAUCACUUUGCAGCUAAUGCGAACAGAGAACUGUAACUGACGAUUUCAAAUACGAGAAGCGUGUGAUUCUAAAGAGAUCGAGUGAAAAUAAAAUACGAAGUAAUCGGCGAGGCGAGAAUAAACAGAUCGUAUGAAUAUAUCGUUGAAUCAUAGAAGCGUGUUGUCGCCCGAUCGCAGCCAACGCGGUACUCGGUAAUGUCCUGACUACACUAGAGGACUCACCAGUGACGAGAAACAAGGGCGUCCUUAAAGAGCGAUUGCCGCGCUCGCAAGAUGUCAGAAAGCACGCGAUCGGAACGCGUUACGCCAACGAAGUACGACAACCUCGUGUUCAAACAGUGGCUUCGCGACAAAGGAGAAGCUGGUCGUCGCGAAGUGCUGACAAAGCUGAAAGUGGAUCUAGAGAAUCUUGGACUGUCGCGUAGCCAGGUGCGCAAAGGAUUGUUGCAGCUAGCGACGAAACCGCGAGUGAUCCUUUGGCGACACACCGCGUACAGGAGGCGGAAGUCGUUAGAAAAGUAUGAGAAACCGAUCGUCGUUAAAACAGAAGUUGCGUUUCUCGAUCGACAACCAGAACUGCACGAUGAGGAUACACAAACACCAGACAGCACACAAGGCAUUGAAGAGGACACGAAACGCGACGAAAAAAUAAAAGUAGAAAUAUCGAGCAGCAGCGAAUCGAUGUCGAGUGAAAGUUGUGAGUUAGGGCACCGAACAAAGUCGUAUUCGUUUGAUAAGGCUUUAGAGAAAGUAGAUUGCACCUUGUCUGCAAAUAUAGUCAAUAUGAAUAGUAAACGAUCUUCCGUCAUUAUAUCGGCAGCUGACGCGUUCAAAUCGCAAAACAAAAACGACGCGAUGAAUAAUAACACGGAGGAAAAGUCCAUGUGUAUCAAAGAGACGCAAUUUCCAGUUAUCGACGGUGGAAAGACGCGAACCGAAGCAAUUUCUGACUUGACGUGUGAUAAGGUGGGCCAGGACAUAGUCUACAGGCCCGUUCGAACUGAAAGGAAUCGUAUAAAGUUGAAUUUGAAGUCUUCUUCCGAUAAAAGAAGUCAUGCAAAGUCUGAUGUCCACAAAGAGUCGGACACGAAGUAUACGAGGGUCCAAGAUUCUGUAUCGCAUCAAAACAAACGCGCUAAGCAAGGCGAUAAUGUGGCGACUGAUAAGACAACGAGGAUAGAAGAUAAUCUACAUAAAAGACACUUAUGCGAGACAACGAUGAGCAUUGAGCUAAAAAUAAAAAAGAUCCGAACGUCCGUUGACGAACGAAGAGAACUCGAUAGGAAAAUGGCGAAAAGCAUAAGGUACAAAUUCCGAUCGUGUUUCGGCGACUGUGGAAGUGUCAGCGAGGAUGAACAGGAGCAGUAUAUUUUGCAGAAACGGUGUAAACGAAGACGCAAGAAGGAUUCUGUUGACUCGUGUGAUUCAGGAGUUUACUUCAGCGAGGUAAACACAGUUAAUAACAAUAGCAUAGAGAUUUUAAGGGACAUUCAGAAAGCUGUGCCCGAUUCUACGAUGCACGAAGACGUCAGUGAAGAUUCGUCGCUUAGCAGGAUAGAAGCGGAUGCGAUAAAAAAUGUUACGAGCGAUGAUAAUGUUAAGCUAAAUAACGUUGAGAACGUUAACAACACAGAUAAGCAAUCACCAAAUGACAAAUGCAAUGUGAGCGAAGCAGGAAACGAUAAAGAAGUUCAUAAAAAUAGUACUUUUUGUAACAAUAACUUGGUACAGAGUACAACUGUAUUAAAUAGUAUAGAAACGUCCUCGAAAGAUAAGAAGUCAAAUACUGAUCUUCCUAUAUUAGACGAUACUGACGCAGAUAAUGUAUCGCCUUGUAGUACUCCAAAAACGUGCGAUUUUAACCGCGAUGCAGACAUAUCCGCAGACGUUCCACAAUCUGCAACAUGUGGUUCGGAUUUGAGAGAUUUGAGCAAACUUUUAGACAUGGAUUUCAACGAAACUUGUCAGGUUACGUCAAACGGAAAUGUCCUCAGUAUUAGAGAAAAGGAUGCGACAAACGACAAUCAAGAUGUUUGUAAUAAAGAUACCAAUGAAGAUUUGCAAUUGAAUUUUGCAAGUUGCAACCAAAGUCUUGAUGAACAAGCGCCGAGCAUUAUGAACGGUAGCCCUUCGAAGGAUACAUUAUGUCUUGAUGUAAGGAAUGGCGUUAAAACUAUUCCAGUAAGGAUAAAUUUGUGCAAUCUGUUGAGUGACACGAAUGAAAUAGCAUUGUCAAACAUCAAAUUAGAUAGUGUUAUAGAACAGAAGGAUAAAGUAUCAUUGCCAAAUUCUGAAUCAAACUUGGUAGAAGAGAAAGCAACGGAAUCGGAGAGCAGCAACGUCGUAGCGGAAGAAAAGAAGGAAACUGCAAUGUCGGAUUCUAAAGAAAAAAGCCAGAAUACUCAACCUAAAAAUGUUCCUAGAAUUAAAUUAAGGGUUCUAUCCAGUGCAGAAUUAGGUUCUAGGUGGUGCCCUACACCUGUAAAUCCUGUGAUUUCUACUACCUCUGAAUUAUCAAGUACAAAUACAGUUGUAACGUCAGAUACUGGUUUAACGUAUACUACCAGUAAUCAAGUAUCCUCAUCUUCGAUAGUAACGCAAGCUGCACCUACGAAAAUACUAGUAAUUACCACAACUGCAAAUGCACCAAAUCUUGGCGAUAACUCUUCUACUUAUUUGAAAAAGAGCAACAUGGAUCCAAAAUUUUCAGAGGCUAUAUAUAAUGGUUUAGUACAUAUAUAUCAUUUAAUUGUAAGUAUUCGUGCAACCCGCGUAGAUCAUAGUAAAACACUGCUGAAAGAAUUUGAAAAUUUACGAAAAAUAUUGAAUAGCGAAGAUCAUAUUAAUUUGAUAAGUGCAGUCAUAGACAUACUUAACAAAGAACUGUUAGUAAAUCAACCGUUAACUUUAAAAGAAUUACUUCAUUACAUACCAUUAUUUAAGUCGUUAUUUCUUCACAAAUCACAAGAAGAAAAUUCUAAUGGAUAUCAGAAUACCAUUCCUACAAUCAUUUCAAAUAUGACAACCAAACAUACUGUGUAUAACAAUUCUCAAGGUUUACAAAGCACUACAUCUGUACAAAAUGUGCUUCAAAACGUAUUUUCUUCUUGUAUUGCACAAACUCCAGUUUCUACAAAUCUUAAAGAAAAGGCGUCCGUGCAACCACAAAACAAUCUUAUGCAAAAUAAUGUACCAAUGAACUCUACUGCUACUAAUUAUGGUAUACAACAGCCCAACUUUAUAACACCAUUGCAAACUCAAUAUCGGCAUCGGGGACCUCCUCCUCCUUAUUUUGUUAGGCAACAUUCUAUUCCUGUACAACAAACGCCUUUAUUAGUUAAUCCGAAUGAAACUGGUAUUAGAUACAAUCAAGCUGCAAGUGCGCCGUUUUUAUAUAGUUAUUUAUUAGGAUCAAACGCAUAUGGUAAUGUAAAUGCAGCAAGCUAUUGUAUACAGCAAACUGCGACUCAAGUACGUGAGCAAAAUGUAAGAAAUGUCCCUUGCAUGAGUCAAUCCAAGUUUCAAAGCUCAAUGCACAGACAAACUGCUUAUAUGCCUCAAGAAGUCCAGCCACAAAAUAUGCCACAAAUGCCUCAAAAUAUACCAGUGGUAAAUCCUACAACACAAACUGUACCAAAUAAUUUUGUACCAAGUGCACCUAAAUCUAAGAAACAUGUGCCAAAAUAUACACAAAGAAAUGAAACACGCCAAAACGUACAAAUGCAAGCACAGGUUCCACAUAAAGUAACUUCUAAACAAGUACCACCACCAUUACUUCAACAGACACAGUCCCAAAACAAACAGAAAAGUACCUCUCAAAUCUCAUUAGAAUCAACAGUGAAACAAUUUGGUGUACUAAGGAAUCUUUCUGACAUACAAAAGAUUAUAUUACUGAGACAAAUAAAUUUUUACUUCGGUUGUACGACGUGGUUGCAACAACAAUUUACAACCAGGCAAUGGCAAAUUAUUCAUUCACAACGAUCCUUGUUGCUUCAUUUUCAAACACUCUUAAAACACUUUGUACAAAACACAAUAAAUAAUAUUUCACCGAAUAUGUCUCAGUCGAAUAUGUUUGAGAAUAACAUACUUAUAAAUACUGAAAAUAAUAUUCAGAAAGAGGCCCAAAUAAAUGUACAAAGAAGUGAAGAAAUACAUUGUCCGGUUAGUACAUCUAACACAGAAGCAGAGCAAUGUAAGAUAGGAAAUACGAAUAGGUCUAAUGUGCCAUGUCAAAGGAACUUGAUUACUUUAACAUCCAAAGAUCAAUUUGAAAACGAACAAAAUGUAACUGGUAACUUACCAGAUAAACAGCUUCCAAAUCAACCACAAGAAUCAGAAACAUUACAGAAUGAAGGAAUACAGCGGAAUAAACAAACUGAACAAACUUUAGUACAAAAUGAGCAAUCUAUAGUUACGUCAAAUUUAGAAACACAAAAGACAUUAGAUAGUAAUAUCAAACAAAAAGCAGAAGGUACUACAGACUUAAGUCAACAAAAUUUAAAUAACCAUAUAAAAAUAAUUUAUAAUAUUCCUUACGUAAUCCAGAAAGAAGUGUCAGUAAUACCUAAUUCAGAAGAACUGCCUAAAAAUACAUUGCAGCAGCCAAAUCCAGACUUAACGAAUGAAGAAAAUUUAAGUAACUGCGUAAAGAUAAUUCAUAAUGUUCCUUACACAAAUAACACAGAAGUGCCAAUAAUAUCUAAUUUGAAUGCAUUUCACAAGGAUACAGUGCAACAGUCAAAUCCACAUUUAGUGACUGUACAAAUUUCUUCGCACAAUUAUGAAGUAAGAGUAAUUGAUACUAAUGCAGUUGAUGAGACUGAAGAUAAAGAAAUUAAAUCAGUACCUGCACAACCCAAAGAGUGUGAAGAAGUAGAGGAGACCAAACAUAAUGUUUCUGCGUCAUCAUGUUCAAAAAAUAAUACCUGCGAAAACUUCUUAGAAGUACAUUCACCAAAAACUUUAGAUGAUACUAAACAAUUUAGCAACGAAAAUAUAAGCAAUAGUUCAUUGGAAGGAAUUACUGUAUCGCAUAUUGCAGAUGUGAGGAGUAUAACACUAGAAGCAUUUGAGGAAAUGGAAGAAAUUAGUGAUACUCAUAUGAAUAAUUCAGAAGGAAACAUUAUAGAAGAAGAGAUGAAAGUGUGUUUAACUUGUAGUAAACCUAGUAGAGUAACAUGUUCAGUUUGUUUAGAAGCUAAUUAUUGUUCUCAAGAAUGUUUGAGGUUACAUUGGGAGGAACAUUAUCAAGAUUGUAAGCCUGUAGAAAAUAGUGUAUAUUUGUAAUUUAAGUUAAGACUAUUCUUUAGUCUACACGUUUAUCUACCAAAAUAUAAUGUUUUUUAUCAUGACAA